CGGGAGGGGGCGACAGUCUGCCUGCCGGGCUUCCACAGAGAGCCGAUAGAGGAAGAGCCACUGUGGGUGCAGUUCAUGUUAGCCUAAACGUUACUAUUAGCAGGCAUCGCUGACAAGUGGUUGUCUAUUUGUAAAACAAAUCUCUGUUUACUAAACCAGAGUUAGGAGUUGUAAUCGAGGCUUUCCGACGACUGCUUCGCCAAGAUGAGCUUCCUGUUUGGCAGUCGUUCAUCCAAGACCUUUAAGCCGAAGAAGAAUAUCCCAGAGGGCUCCCAUCAGUAUGAACUCCUGAAACACGCUGAAGCAACGCUGGGCAGUGGGAACUUGAGGCAGGCUGUCAUGCUGCCUGAGGGAGAGGAUCUCAAUGAGUGGAUUGCUGUCAACACGGUGGAUUUCUUCAACCAGAUCAACAUGCUGUAUGGUACCAUCACCGAGUUCUGCACUGAGACCAGCUGCUCUGUGAUGUCUGCUGGACCAAGAUAUGAAUAUCACUGGGCUGAUGGCACCAAUAUUAAGAAGCCGAUCAAAUGCUCUGCACCCAAGUACAUUGACUACCUGAUGACCUGGGUGCAGGAUCAGCUGGAUGAUGAGACACUUUUUCCCUCCAAGAUUGGAGUUCCUUUUCCCAAGAACUUCAUGUCUGUGGCCAAAACCAUCCUGAAGCGUCUGUUCCGGGUUUACGCUCACAUCUACCACCAACAUUUUGACUCUGUGAUGCAGCUGCAGGAGGAGGCCCACCUCAACACUUCCUUCAAGCACUUCAUUUUCUUUGUUCAGGAGUUCAACCUUAUCGACAGGCGAGAACUUGCUCCCCUGCAGGACUUGAUCGAGAAGCUUGGAUCCAAGGACAGAUAGACAUUUCAUCACACGUCUCCCCUUUUUUAAACCGUUUCUUUUUCCUACUUUGUCCCUCUCUGUGACCUCAGCUACCUCUAUGACUUCUAGUCUCAACUCUUCAAAUCUGUGCCUUCUCUCUUUUCAUUUCAUGAAGGUUUGUACUGUACUUUUCCUUUUAUUCCCUUUAUCUUUUAUGCUGCCUUUGAGCCCUUUCUUCCAUUUUGCCACCCUAGAUCAUAUGAAAUAGUGUAGUGUGAUAAGAAUAUUUUUUCACAGGACUGUGGUUAACAAGUCUAUAAGAGCAACCUACUGAAUAUUGUAUAUUGGGCCAAGAACAUUUGGAAGUUAAAGUGAAAACCAGCUUUUUUUUUCCUUCAGAAGUUGGUAUACAGUGUUUUGAUUGUCUGAACAUAGGCAAUUUUAUUUUUGAUAACUUUUAGCUAUUGUAAUUACAGUGACUGACCAAAUAUUCCAAUCUUAGCUUUUUGAAAUGUCUGUCAUUAGUUUGAAGUGGAGAGUAAAAACGGCAGGAAAAGUAGUGACAUUAAACAAGUAUUGAAAAUGCAUGACAGUACAAGUUUGUGGAAAGUAUUGUCAGUCUAACAUAAAGACGGGCACAAAAAGGCAUCCGUUGACUGAAUUAUAGCUAUGUCAGUUUGGUCAUGCAAUAUUGUGUUUUGCACAUUUUCCUGCUUAUUUCUUCAUGACAAUAGUAAAAUGCAAGAUAUGGUGAUAGCAGGGAUACUUUUAAACUGCUACUUAGUGAUUACUGAUAGCCACUUAAAGCUUCAGUAAUCAAGACCCCAUAGGAGUUAGUAGAAAUCAUGAUGUCAACAGCAGAAAUUGUCUAAUGUGAAUUAUUUGUUUUACGGUCAUUUUAGUUCAUUUUUGUGGUGGCGAUUUACUUGUGGAACCCUGCGUAUUUGAUCUUCCAAUGCUGGUACUUUUUUUUUUUUUUUUUUACUAAAUAUUUCCCCCUCUGGAUUGUAAAAUAGAGCAAUAAUGAUUGCACCUGUGCACAAUAAGGAUGAGUGACCUGAUGUAUAUGUAGUUUUUCCACAGAUGUCUUUAUUAGUGUUGGUGCAUGUGUCAUGGUCAUUUCCUGAGCUGAACUCUGGCUACAACAGCAGGGCUGUUUGUACUGCCAUCCUUUUACAGACUAAUCCAGCUAGUAUUCCUAAUGAUGUUUCAUUUGGCAAUUUUGAGCAAGGGAAUGGGUCCUUAACCUUCUUCAUGUUGGACAGAAAUUCUUAUCAGACAAUCAUGUUACCAACUAAGAGCUGUUGGAUAAAUGAAUGCAUCACCAGAAACCAACCCAUGUGAUAUGGUGCAGUAGAGUGUUCAUUUAUAACAUACUGCUUUUUAAGAAAUUGAAAGCCUUUCAACAAUGUGAGGAAAAACAUGUUUUUACACUUUUAACUGCAAUUUAUCCACUCUUAGGCCCUUAUUUGAAUAAAUAAGUAGUCCUUUAUUUCAAUCUAGUCACAUAUUUUUGAAAUGUAUUGCUUUUUCUUCACAAUUUUGUUUUUCAACUUUUGGCAUCGAGUUACAGUUCAUAUUACAUGUACAUGUAAAAUACAUAGUUGAAUUUACCUUUUCAAAUAAGGAACAAGGGCUUUGAAAUGAAUUAAAUUUUUUUUUAUAUAUAUUUACAAUAAUGGUCCAAUCAUUGGGGAGUCCUUUUGACUGGGAGGAGGUGCGAGUAUGUAUGUACGAACAUUUGUUGUAAAUAAGAUCAGUGUUUUAUCUGAACAAAACUGUGCCUUACAAAAAUGAAACUGUCUGAUAUGACAGUAUUGGUAGAUCAAAAACUCAAACACUGAAAGGACA